AUGGUUCAGUACCACCUAUGGAUCUUUCUCCUUUGCCUGCAAACCUGUAGGCUUGGAAAGCCAAAAAUUACACAGAGUUUAAUGACAUCUAUGAAUAGCUCCUGUAAUGUCACACUGAUCUGCUCUGUGGAGAAGGAAGAAAAAGAUGUGUCAUAUAGAUGGAGUCCCCUGGGAAAAGAGGGUAAUGUCCUUGGAAUCUUCCAAACCCCUGAGGACCCAGAGUUGACUUACACUUGCACAGCCUGGAACCCAGUCAGCAACAACUCUGACUCCAUCUCCACCCAGCAACUCUGUGCAGACAACAAAAUGGGCCUCCUUCAUACUCACCACACUGGGUUGAUGAUGGUGCUGGUUGUGCUCUUUUUGCUUAUUCUCAUUCUAUCUGCAGUACUUUUGUUCCAUUUGUACAAGAGAAGACAAGAUGCUGUUUCAAAGAAAAUAGUGUAUGAACAAAUCAUGCUUCCAAGAAACACCCAGCCAGCAGAGAACAGAAUCUAUGAUGAAAUCUCCCAGUCCAAGGUUCUUUCCUCCAAAGAAGAAUCAGUGAACACGAUUUAUUCUACAGUGCAGUACUUUGAUAAGAUGGGGAAAAUCAGCACAUGUGACAGAAAACCUCUUGGGACUUCAAGCUAUGAAAUUGUCAUCUAG